AUGGACUGGAUGGAAUUAAUUGGUGUUGAGGGUAUCGUGACAAUGCUAAUUCGUAGCUUUUUCCCAAAGUGGUAUGAAACGUUGUGCAUUUGGUUGAAAUCACCGCGAGUUGUGUCACAUGAAGUAGUAAUGUGGUACAAUGAAUGGAAGUCUCGCUUUCCCGUAGCAAUUUCUUCAUUGUUUAUCAUACAAGAACAGUUUAGACGUGCCUUAAUCGCAAUGAAGCACGCACAACUGGGCGUAAUACCUACACACGAAACUCAGCCGUCUUCUUAUUCAUUGUUAGGUUCAUAUUCGGGGUCUUACAGUAUUACAGUGCCGAGGUUGCAGGCACCGCCUCCACCACAGCUUUCGUUUAAGGAUCUAGUGGAAUUAAGGGCUCGUGAAGCUGGUAUCUUAUAUGUGCCUCAAGUAAACAAAUUCCGAGCAGGUAAGCCUGUAUAUUGGUUUGGUAAAGUAUCAAUUUAUAUUGACCGCAAUGUUAUAUUUGGCUUCAAUGUCGAAACACAGCAAUGGUCACCAAUUGGGCUAGAUCACUUAUUAAGCAUAUGCUAA